CACCGCUGGCUAACACACACGUCCAGGCUCCUCCCUCAAAACCCCACACACACGCCACCCAUCAACUCCUCGUAAUACACAACAAACUGGCGUGUUGUGCUAUCAGUGGCUUUUACCGUCACCCGUCGAGGAUUUGUGUUGUGAUCCCAAACAUUCCAAGUCGAGUACUGUUUAUCACGGGGUCGAAGAUAACUCUCCCUGAAACAGAGUGAGGUGAAGAGAAACAAUAGUGUGUACUGUACUGAAGGACGUUAGUGUUUCAACAUGGCGCUAGGGGGAGGGUUCCUGUGAAGAAGGUAAGCCUCUUAAGAGUGAGUGAGCGAGCGAGUGUUGUCCCACACCAGUAAGAUGGUGUCUCAGGCGGGUGUCGGUGGGUCCUUCCUGCCCCUCAACCAGCCGUUGCUGCAGCUGCCCCUCAUCAGCCCACGAGCCAUCCACGCUGGCUUCUCCACCAGCAGCGACAACCUCCCGCCCACCAUCACCAAACACGCCCCCGAGACAUCCUUUAAUAACAACCAGCUGCAGGAGCUCUUCUCACGCUUCCCGGCUUCCUUCAUCGCCGCCACUCAAAGACAACAACAGAGGCGGCACACCACCACGCCCCCCACCACCACUACUACUACCACCACCACCACCACCACAACGCCACGACGCACGCAGUUUUUUCGUCGUCGACUGAGAACGACGACAGCUCCCCGGUUUGUGAGUCAGUUCCACUAUGGAGGCAUUGAAGGCCGGGAUGACUACCCGAUGGGCCCUGCUGAGGACGACGCCGUGGUGCUGCUGGUGGGACUGUUUAACCUGCUGGCGGUGGUGGUGUACGCCGCCAACAAGUACGUCAAGGGCGAGCCUGGGGCGCUGUCUGACCGUGUGAUACAGUGGCAGGUGCAGAAGGUGCUGGACGAGCUGGUCAUCAAGGUACACAGCUCCCAGUACGCCGCCAACCUCUUGUCCCGGGCCAUGCCUGACGACGCCGCCACGCUGGUGGUGGGUCGCGGGGGCCACCACACCAACAUGCCUCCCUGGCUCAACCUCCUGCAGACUAAAAUACAGUCGCUAGUGACUUACAACUCCUCCACGGAGGCGACCAGGUGGCUCCAGCAGGCCAAGGAGCGACUCAUGACAGAGAUAGGGUCGUCGCCGGCAGCCCUGGCCACCGUCAGGCUCCAACCCACAAUAUACAAACCUCUGCAGGAGCUGUACUCUUCCCUGACGACCGAAGGCAGCGUCACUCACACCCUACAGCAGCUGGUGGGUGACGGGGGAGGGGGUCGUGGCCUUCCCUCCAACAUGGGGGACCUCUCCUCCCUGCUGGGGUCCCUCAGUAAGCUGAGUGUGAGUCAGCUGCAGUCUACCCUGGCGGCCCUCACGGCUCUAGGACGCGCCCAGCAGAGGGUCAAUGUGGUGCCCGCCCUCGCCUCCGUCAUGCGAGGUAGCCUCACCUCCCACCGUAACACCCGAGAGGCCAAGGUUAUCAGCGAGGACAACAACUACUUGAGGCGGCACAUCCGCCGCUCUAGGAUGUCCACCUCCCGCCAGGGGGCAACAGCUGCCAUCCACCGCCGCCAGUACAACUCCCGGUACAGUCGCGUGUAUGACAGCGAGGCCCAGGACCGCAGCCAGCAGCAGCAGAAGGUAGUGAGGCGCCAGGGCGUGGUUGAGGACGAGAACUCCCUGGGUGGGAGUCCCUCAGGCCACUGGACGGACAGGUGGUUCUCUCUAGUGACGCAGGUGUCCCCCGUGGGGCUGGACAUGAGUACACUGUACGCCAGGGCCCGGGGACGACCUGCCUGCCUGAGGGCGCUCCUCUGCCGCGCCAACAACGCCUGGAGACAGGUGGGACCUGUGCAGGCCGCCCUCACCCCCUUCACCAGUGUGGUGGUGAGCUGGGUGCUGGAGGACAUGGCGCCACACUCACUGGGAGACUCGCUCAUCGCUGUCCGCGCUGGUUGGAUGGGCAAAGACUGCGCCCUCCUCUACCCCGAGUGCCCCCUCCAACCCGACCCCCACCCGGCCGCUAAGGAGGCGAUCACGUUCUUCUCCAGGCUAGAGUUUGCCGCCACUCAACCCCCUGACCAGACAGCACCGUCAGGAGGUCGUCCCUCACAAGACUCCACCAUGACCAACACCGUGAUAGAGCGCAUCGACUCCCCCAACCCACACGACUCUACCAUGGAACACAACACACCUCCGCCCCCUUAUCCCGCUCACAGGGGAGGAAUGCACAUUACUCCCUCGCUGCCCUCCCAGUUCCAGCCACAGAACCAAUACCUCGCCACCAAAUCCCCCGGCCAGACGUACAAUUACCGGUUACCAGAGAGAAAAUCACAGCAAGAAGUUCCGGGAAGCGACUCCAGCCGCAACGACGCGGCGAUGUCGGUCCACGCUUUUUAUAAUCGUUAUGGUGGACAGGGACCAAUGUCAGUGCCAGGGUCAGAGUACAAUCCAAAGUAUAGACAAGAGGAUGUCGAUAACAACGACAACAAUCCAGAGAAACUGUACGAGAAGUAUGACAGUCCGGCCUCUAGCGCUCCCGGGGAUGCCAUCUCCAACUCCAACAGUGUGUCAGGGAUGGCACUCCAGGACUUCCCAACCGGCAUCAGACCAAAAGUAUGGGAAAGAUUCUUCGAGGCAGGUCAUUAUGGAUCCAAUGUUCCUCAUGCAGCAACACCGAAUCAAGAGGAGUCUUCCACCAACAACCUGGAACCUGUCAAAUCGUCCCUUCCUCAGCAAGCCCAGAGAAGACAGUCCCCGCCCAGCCUCAACAAGAAGGGUACAUUUCCUCAAAAGUUCUCUCCUGACCACAACAACCACCAAAGUCAUCGUCAUAAAUCACCCCAACAGAACCGACCCACCAAGCCUUACUUCCCCAUCAGACCAAUGCACAAACACCACCACACCACACACCAGCCUUCCAAUGCUCCUCCGUCGCAGGGAACGCCAGCGGUAAAGAAAUAUAAUUACGGGUUGAGACGCGGCCUCCCCGCCGGUAGCGUAAAUGGCUACAAUACGUACACCGGGAAUGUAUACCAGCGGCAAAAACCCCGGUACGCCUACAAUAACCGUCCGAGAUACCGUCCCACCCCACCUCACACUACCACCACCACCACGACGACACCCAGUACGACGACUCAUCCGCUGGCCUCAAAGAAUGUUGCUCCUUUUGGGCCGGAAGAUGCAGUGACGGACGUUCGUCGUAAUGAACUUUUAUUCGAGUACAUACGUGACAGACAAGGCUCAAUUCCACUUGAUGAUAAGUAAGUCUACAUCAAAUAUCUCUACCAUAACUUUAAAAACAUUAAUUACUGUACUAAUAGAAGGGUACUACAGCACUAACAUACAAUAAGAGCAGUGUGUUGCCAAACCUUUCUAGAAUUUGCAAACAGUUAUGAUGUUUUAAUAGUUGUACAGUACAGGACUUCACAAGCUUUUCAAACCACAACCAAGUUCUGGUUGUCUCUUCAUACAAAAGUGAUAUGAAACUUCUUAUACCAAUAUAUUUCUGUCUGAUUCCCUAACUGUAAAAUUUUACGCUUAAAACAGAAAUUAAUUUCCCACUGCGUGGGGGGUUGAGGAUAUUGAGGUCAGUCACUGUGCAUUCCAGAUUAUGCUUGGGUUAUAAUAUACAGUACACUACUGUCAAGAGGGGACAGAACUCAAUGCAAUUUGGUUAAAUGUGGGUUAAGGAUCAACGACCAGAGCCAGUUUUAACAAUCAGGUUGACGGUAAAGGUCGGAGGGGAAGGGUUCGCUUUGUUUGGAUUGCUCGUUACAUUUAUUAUAUUACUGCGGGAAUUAUUCUCCCAAUGCUGGUGGUUGUUUUUACAUCUUGAGAUACCUGUAGCAAUGUCAAUUUAAUUCCUUUAUAUAAUUUUCAAUAAUAUAUAAGCUGGUAACCCCUAUGUGAUGGGUUCAAGGGUUUGCUUAGUCCUGGCUAAUGAUAUUAAUAGUAGCCAGCUCAGCAUAGCUACCACAACAGAACAACACCCAACCAACUCUGCAUGGCCAUAGUAUCUAACCUGUGUCUCCUGGGUUGGGAUCCACAGAGACCCUUUCAAUUUUUAUAUGCAAUACUAUUCAUUAACCAUCUUUCAAUCUCAGGUACAUUUAUAUGACUGACGUGUAGUGUAAAUGGACUCUUGAAGCAGCAGCAACAACACCUUGAAAAUUAGAUUGAUAAUAUCACUGAAGAAUACUCUGACCAAGUGGCAAUAAUAUUUCUUAGUAAAGUGAGAGACACUUUUCGACCAUUAAGACAAAGUGACAAACUGAGAGACUAUGUGACCAUUUUUAACCUUGUGUCUUGUUGAUGAAAUACUGUGAAUACUGAACUCUGGACGGACAGAGACGCACAACAGGGUAUUACUCGUGACCAGCGAGUUAUGACGGCAGGCUUGAAAACAACAGCAUUUCACCUUGUUGUCUCGUGUCAUCGCCCGCACAUUGAUGGUUAAGUGACAUUAGUGUUGUUCAGUGCCAAGCAUAAGACUAUGGACCGUGUGCUCUGACAUACACCGGUGCUGUACCACACGACUGAUACAUGACGCAGUGACAGUAAAUAUUACAUGUUGGCAUUACCCUGCACUGUACUGUAUUGUGCUUAUAUCUUGAUGGAAGAUUUGCAGUGUCUACCAGUUAAUGCUUCAUAUGGUGAGACUUAAACAUGUUAUAACUAGAUGUUAUGUUAGUACAGUAUACUGUAACUAGGGCCAAAUACUGUAUGAGUCUUGCUCCAACUUAAAUCUACAUAAAACAAUUAAAUAUUACAAUUGGAAUAUUAUACAUUACAAUACUGUACAGUAGAGUAUACUGUAUUAAUAAAAAUGUAUUACAUGUACUUGAGUAUCAUCAACAAUCAGGUAUUAAAUCAUCAAUCUAAGCAUCACAAAUGGUAACUCUGUACACAAUGUCCGACAGACCGAGGCAGGUGUGUAAAUUAGUCACACAUUUAUUGACAAUAGUGACUUACUUUACAUUAAAGUCUUUUUUAAUAAACUUAAACAAAACUAAAUAGAGAAUAAGCUGAUUGUUAGUGAGUGUGAAAGGAUCAUUGUUAUGUAGAGUGAAUGAUAAGAAUGUAUGAGCCACAACCCAGCUGGAGACACUGUUCUGUCUGUCUGUCUGUCUGUCUGUGAGCUGAUGGCUGGGCAACACCAUCACCAAACAUGGGCAUAACUCUAGGUAAAUAAACAUGUAGUGUUCUAUAUUAUUACAGUAUUAUGAAAGAAGUCUUUGCUUACUUCUUCAAAAGGUUUACUAUGAUGUGAAUGUCGUCUCUGGCAGUUUAUCCCACGUUAAAUAAAUGACAAACAUUUCUGUCAUUUAACGUGGGGUGAAUCUCUGGAGAACCUAACUAUAAGGAGGUCUCGGUUCAUCCUUACGUUCACCUGUAAGAUGAACGUACGACCUCACUAUUGAAGGACUGAGACCACCUUUAGCUAGUAUAGGCUAAGUACAGUAUUAAUAUUAUUGCAAUGUGAUAUAAUUAUGUUAAGUAUUGUGGGCAUUCAGUCACUUCCUUUUCCCUCAUCAUAAAGGCCAAUAAAAGUUCUCAGUAAA